UGAGGACCCUUCGAAAGGGCGGAGCCACGCGCGAACGGACGGUGGCCGGGUUGGGACCGCGCUCAUCCGGCGCGAAGAAGUCCGCGAAGGCGCCCAGCGGUUCGGAGCAGCCUUUUUCCCCCACAGCCCAGCGCGUUCUUUGGGCCGGCUUCGGGCGCUCGGCCGACGGCGAAAUCGGGGGCUCCGCCUGGACGGGAAGGGCGCCCAAUGGAGAGGAAGGGCCGGGGCAGUUCCAAGUUUCAAAAGGCACAGAAACCACAUAAAGAAUGUAUGGGCCGUCAGCCGAUACCUUGUCACCCCAACAGAAAUUCAGGGCAAAGUGGCAGUUGUCGGAUUUUAUAUCGUGUGAUGUAUACUUGGAACCGAGGUGGAAGGUUGAAAGAACUUCGUAUUAGGCACCUGGCAAGGAAAUUUUUUUACCUGUGGAAGAGGAAGACAUUUGGAAGAGUCCUGCCAUCCAAGGCCAGGGCUUAUUUUGUUCAGAAAAUGCUGCAGAAAACCUUUGGAGAGUGGAAGGAGGAAUGGUGGGUCCUUUGCAGAGAAUGGAAACUUACCGUCAGAGCCGACUGCCAUUACAGGUAUUUUCUCUACCACAAGGUCUUUCAGGCUUGGAGGUCCUACCUGCUCCAGCAACGAGCAAAGAAGCUCACCUACCGCAUUGCAGCAGCCCAUGCAACCAAGCAGAAAACCCUCCGGAGUUGGCAGCGUUGGCUGAGCUACAUCCAGCUCCGCAGGAUGAAGCAGUGGAUGCUCCGGGAGGCACUGCACUUCCGGCAGCAGAGCACUCUGCGGCUCUCUUGGGGAUUGUGGCAGAAGCGAUGGUGCCAGAGACAGGUGUACCAUGGGAUGGAGUCCCAGGCCCUUCAGCAGUGGGCACACAGCGUGCAACUUCAUGCCUGGCUGCAAUGGAAGGCCCUCAACAGACAACGCCAGCAGGAGAGGGCGACAGCCGUCUGGGCAGCGAGGUGCCUGCAGCACUGGGCGAUGAGGAAGGCCUGGAGGUCCUGGCUCCAGUAUGUGAACCAGCAGAGGGAGAAGCGGCACAGGAGCAGGCUGGCUUUGCAGCACCAUCACGCCCAGCUCCUCCACCGGCACUUCGCGGCCUGGCAACUAGCGCAGAGACACCAGGAGCAGUCGGAGCACCUCGCCCAGCAGGCAGCCGGCACAGCCUUGCGAAGGGCUUUUGCCCGGUGGGAAUUCUAUGUGGCGUUGUGUGCCGAAGAGGCAGAGCGUUACCGGCUGGCUCAAAGCCACCAUAACCGUCGCCUGCUGAGUUGGGGGUUUCGUGCCUUGGGGAGGAACGUUCGGGAGGCUUCCCUCAAGCAAGUGAGAAGAAACCUGGCUUGUCAGCAGCACCGGAUCAUGCUCACAACCAGGUUCUGGGCUUGCUGGAGGUCUCGCCUGGAGCAGAAAGAGGACGAGCAGCACCGCCCGCUGACUCUGGCAGCCGUUUCUCACCACAGCCGGGGGCUGCUGCAGACGUCUCUGCGGACCUGGAGACAGCGAGCCUGCGGGGAAAGACAACAGAAGCUGCAGUGUGCCAAAGCCGACCAGCAUCGCAAGGCCGUGGUCCUGUCUGCUGCCUUUCAGGCCUGGGAGCUGUUCAAGGAUCACCAGCUCUGGUGGAAUGAGAUGAACAGGGUGGCCGCCGGCUAUCACAGGGAGACAUGGACCAGGCGAGUCUUUGCGCAGUGGCUGUUGAGGCAGCGGGAGCAACGGGACGGACGGGCGGCGGAGAAGGUGGCAACGCGGUAUGCUGAACGGCGAGUUUUGUCCCAGUUCUGGGGCCGGUGGCACAGGGCCACCCUGGCCUGUCUGGAAGAGCGAGAGGGCAUCGCCUUGGCCAGCGGGCAUCACCGGCGGCAGCUCCUUCGGUCCAUGUUGUACCUCUGGAGGGAGAACAUCUGGGAAGUGAAGAGAGGGCAGGCGAAGGAGGCAGCGGCCUGGCACUCCCAUUCUGAGAAGCUCCUCCGGCGUUCGUGGAGGAAGUGGCGGCAGUACCAGAUGCAGAAGACUGAGAAGUGGAAGAAGACGGCCCAAGCUGAGGGGCACUACCAACAGUCCUUGCUGGGCAGGGUCAUGGCAGCUUGGAAGGCAUACCAAAAGAACAUUCAGUGCCUCCUUCACCAGGUGGCCCAGAAGGAGAGAGACCACAAUCGGGAGCUGCUGCGGCAGGUGGUGCGAUCCUGGAAGGAAAACACAGCUGAGCUCAGGCAGGAAGCAAAGGCGGCCAGGCUGGCCGGACAUCAUUACAGACGAGUCUUUCUCUCCAAGGUGUUGUCCCAGUGGAGGGAAGCAGCUGCACUGCGUGCCAAUCACCGGGAACAGGUGGCUGUGGCGGUGAAGGAUGCCCAGAGGCAGUUGCAGACAGGGAGGCUACGGGGGCUAUUUCUCCGCUGGAGGGAGGCCUCUGCCAGCUCUUCCCAGCAGAAGGGGCAGCUCACCGUGGCGGCCGAGCACCACCGGAGGCAGCUGCUCGGCUGGUGCCUGGAGAAGUGGAAGCAAGAUCAUCUCGGCCGCAUCAGAGCCAUGCUCCUGCAGAGACAAGGGGAGCAGCUACUGGCCCGGAGACUUUCUGCAGCCGCCUUUGCCUUCUGGAAGGUACAGCUGGCGGACAGACGGCGAGAGCGGCAGCAGACGGUGCAGGCCCUCUGGCACUGGUCGCGGAUCCUCCAGCGGAAGGUGCUGGGCGCCUGGGGACGCUUCGUGCGGGAGCAGGUGCGGAAGAAGGGCCGGAUGGCACGGGCGGCCGAGAGCUAUCAGGCGGAGCUGCUGCGCGAGGGCAUCUGCCGCAUCCUGAGAUACGUGGCCUCCAUGAAGCAGCAGCGAGGGGGCUUGCAAGCCCAGCAGCAGCUGCAGGCUGCCUGUCGGCGUCACCAGUUGGUCUACCGCUGUGCCAUGAUGUGGAAGCAGAAGGCUCUGUCCCGGAAGCCCAGCCUGGCCUGUUCAGGCGCUCCCACCAAGAAGCACGUGACUUUCGAGGUGCCAAGGCUGGGCCAUCUCCCUCCUGGCAUCCCCAGGGGACAGGCCAACCUUCCCGGCGUGCCAAGGGACUACCAGGCUGCUGGAGAUUCCAUCCUCACAGAUUUGUAUGCCACUCGCCAGGCGAGGCUGCAGCCUCGUCGACCUGAUUUCCUGAUACCGUUUCCUGAGAAAAGGGGGCUACCGCAUCCAGGGAAGUGGCUGGAGAGCUCAGCUGGUUUUCCUCAGCCAGCGGCAGCAGGCCCCCACUUAUCUGCCCCCCCCAGCAUCGACCCUUCACCCCCGCCGUUCAGUAGCUGUGGUUACUCCUCUUGUUCCUUCCCCAAAUCUGGGCCCCCCAGGGCUUCUUGGCUGCACGGUGCUGCCCCAGAGCUGCGGCCCCCCUCCUCCUUCACGCUGGGGACAAAGAGGACGAGUGUUGAGACGCCCUCCCUCCACCCUCUGGCUGCAGCCUCCGGCAGGGAGAGGCCAGCCGUGGUCUCCAGGGGGCCUUUGCUGGCCCCCGAAGAUUUUACGAGAGGGAGUCGUCCUCCUCUUUGCCGAAAAGCAGAAGCCAAGCGAGGAAAGACUGAAAUUCAGCAGCUGGAGGAGGAGCUGCAACGCAUCGGGCAGAAGAUGCACCGUUACUACAGCCAGCAGCAGGAACUGAAGUUUUGCCAGCGACAGGAACGGCUUCUUGGCAAGUGGCUGGAACUGAGGGGAGGAGUCGGAGAGCCCACCGACGCGCAGGAAAUCCGGGAGAAGCUGAGCCAGCUGAAGGUGCAGAUGGCCUCCCUUGUAAGCACGUUGGAAGAAGAGCGGCAGCUGAUGCAGAAAUAUGCGAGCUGCAUCCAGGACAUCAGAGCUGCUCUGAAGACCUGGACAAUGGCACCUCCACCCCCCGUCUAGGGGACUGCGCAGCAGAGGACUGGCUCUCUGUCUUUCCUUCUGCCUGGCCAGAGAAGCUGCGCCCACAUCAUCGGCUUAGAUAGGCCCUCAGAGGACCCUCCAACUGAACCACCCCAGGAAAGAAAGAAAGAAAGAAAGAAAGAAAGAGGGGGCUUGCUUUUACAAACGCAUCUUGUAGAGCAUUUUCCAAAAUUAAAACACAUUAAAAGUCA